AUGGAGGCAAAGAGCUUCAGUGUUUGGGAUUAUGUUGUAUUUUCAGCCCUCUUUGUCAUUUCCUGUGGAAUCGGAAUAUUCUUUGCCAUUAAGGAGAGAAAAAAGGCAACAUCUCGGGAGUUCCUGGUAGGGGGAAGGCAAAUGAGCUUUGGCCCUGUAGCUUUAUCUCUGACGGCCAGUUUCAUGUCAGCUGUCACUGUCUUGGGGACACCUUCCGAGGUCUACCGCUUUGGGGCAUCCUUCAUUCUUUUCUUUAUUUCAUAUACAUUUGUCAUCAUUUUUACAUCAGAGCUCUUUCUCCCUGUGUUCUACAGAUCUGGCAUCACUAGCACUUACGAGUAUCUACAACUACGAUUCAAUAAAGUGGUUCGCUAUGCAGCAACUGUCAUCUACAUUGUGCAGACGAUUCUCUACACAGGUGUGGUGGUGUACGCUCCCGCCCUGGCACUCAAUCAAGUGACUGGGUUUGAUCUCUGGGGCUCUGUGUUUGCAACAGGAAUUGUUUGCACAUUCUACUGUACCCUGGGAGGAUUAAAAGCAGUGGUGUGGACAGAUGCGUUUCAGAUGAUUGUCAUGAUUGUGGGCUUCUUAACAGUUCUCAUUCAAGGAUCGGCUCACAAUGGUGGAUUACAAAAUGUAUUAGAGCAAGCAAGCAAUGGAUCCCGACUUCAUAUAGUUGAUUUUGAUGUAGAUCCCCUCCGGCGGCACACUUUGUGGACAAUAUCAGUGGGAGGAACUUUUACAUGGCUCGGAAUCUAUGGAGUUAAUCAAUCAACCAUCCAGCGAUGCAUCUCUUGCAAAACAGAGAAGCAUGCUAAGCUUGCCUUGUACUUUAACUUGUUGGGUCUCUGGAUCAUUCUGGUGUGUGCUGUCUUCUCUGGAUUGAUCAUGUACUCCCACUUCAAAGACUGUGAUCCUUGGACUUCUGGUAUGAUCUCAGCACCAGACCAGCUGAUGCCUUAUUUUGUCAUGGAGCUCUUUGCCACAAUGCCAGGACUUCCAGGACUUUUUGUGGCUUGUGCUUUUAGUGGAACAUUGAGUACCGUGGCUGCCAGCAUCAAUGCCCUAGCAACAGUGACCUUUGAGGAUUUUGUCAAGAGCUGUUUUCCCCAUCUCUCUGACAAGCUGAGCACCUGGAUCAGUAAAGGCUUAUGUCUCUUAUUUGGCAUCCUGUGCACCUCCAUGGCUGUGGCCGCAUCUCUCCUGGGGGGCGUUGUACAGGCUGCCCUCAGCAUCCAUGGCAUGUGUGGGGGACCAAUGCUGGGUUUAUUCUCUUUGGGACUUGUGUUCCCUUUUGUGAACUGGAAGGGUGCACUAGGAGGCCUCAUUACUGGAAUCACUUUAUCAUUUUGGGUGGCCAUUGGGGCCUUCAUUUACCCUGCACCAGAUUCUAAGACAUGGCCUUUGCCACUAUCAACAGAGCAGUGUUUUCAAUCAAAUGUGACGACAGCAGCACCUCCAGAGCUAUCUAACAGGCCCACCAUUGCUGAUACCUGGUACUCACUCUCCUACCUUUACUACAGUGCUGUGGGCUGCUUAGGAUGCAUUAUUGCUGGAGUAAUCAUCAGCUUCAUAACAGGUCACCAAAGAGGCAAGGAUGUUGACCCACUCUUAAUUAGACCAGUUUGCAAUUUAUUUUGCUUUUGGUCUAAGAAAUAUAAAACUCUGUGCUGGUGUGGAGUUCAGCAUGACUGUGGGACAGAGCAGGAUAACCUUGAGAAUGGCGGUGCCUGGAAACAAGGGGCUGAAUCUGUCUUGCAGAAUGGACUCCAGCAAGAAGGCCUGACUCAUGUUCCAGGAUAUGACCCCAAGGACAAAAGUCAUGACAAUAUGGCAUUAGAGAAGAUGACCUAUUUUUAA